AUGACGGAGAGGCGGCUGAUCUACAGGGAGCCCGGCAAGCCCCGGCGGCCGCCGCGCUCUCAGGGCAGUGGAAAAUUUUCAGUUCCGUUGUGGGAAAAGAAAUUUUGCACUGAUGCUUGUGCUAUCCCCUGGGCUAAACUGUGUGAGACCAAGAGAUUGAUGUCUCUGUACAAAAGUGUGGUUGAUUGGGAUGACUCAGCUGCAUUAGAAGCCUUCAAUGAUGCAAAGGCGCGCUUCUGUGCUGUAUAUCAUGGUCAACAUUAUGAUAUCCCUUUGCCUGACCCAAACAUGUUUAUCGAUAUAGUCAACCCAGAUGAAUAUGUUGAUCCUGAAUUGGUGGCUGAUCUGGAGAAAUCACGUCGUCGUGUUCCCAGAAAAGAUAAUGGUGUUCCUGAUGUCUGGGACUCUUUUAUUUUCUCUGACAAGCCAGUUCCAGUUACAGGAUGGGGUGACACGGAGACCAGCUUCACUCAUGGCCAGCAGCUCUCUGCAAACUGGGACAAUCAGUUAAAACACACAGUUGAAGCAAAUAAGCAGAUGUCGGCAAAUUGGGAUUAUUCUGUCAAGCAACCUGCUCAAACAAUUGAUCAGCAAAACUCAGGGAACUGGGAAGUGUAUGAGGAACAGCAGGAUCAAACCAGCAGCUGGGGGGAGCAGACGAAUCCUUGCAUUACCAACUGGAUCAUGAGGGAUGGCUCCCAGGAUGCUUGGAAGCAUGAUUACAGCUGGGCUCCUGCAGCUAUUCAGACUGAUCCAUGGGACAACCAUCAAGGUAGCUAUGAGGUGCCUGACAGCCAGGGUGUGUCAUAUGGACACUGGACUCACUGGAGAAGGCGAAACAAUGACUUGGGUAGAAGAAACACCAGGAAUAGAGGCGGCCCCAUCAGCUCAAAGCCAAUGAAAUCAAAGUACCAAACGGAUGAACACAAUGGUGCAAACAAUGGUUGGAGGAACUGCCGAAGUGCAGAGCAGAUGAGAUUGAAGCCACAGAUAGAAGAGGCCAUCAUGAAACUGUGUGGCAACUCCACACCCCUUCCCAGAAGCAUGGUGAUCGCGGACCUUGGCUGCUCUCGUGGCCCCAGCGCACUCACCUUGGUCUCUGCUGCUGUCGAUGCCAUUCAUCGCCAGUGUCUUGAACUCCAACAGCCACCGCCUGAGCUGAGCCUGCUCCUCAACGAUCUUCCCAGCAAUGAUUUCAACACUUCCAAGAAAGGAAAAACAUUGACAAGGGUACCUGAAGACCUACUGAAGAAUGGCAUUCAGAUGUACCAUAGCGACGAGCAACUAUGGAGGAAAACACGGCCCGUUGUGCUUGAUGCUUAUGCCCGGCAAUUUAGAAAGGACCUCCUUUUGUUCUUGGAGUGCAGGGCGCAGGAGAUGGUUCCUGGAGGAAGGUUGAUUGUUUCCUUGACUGGAACACAAUCUCCGGCUUCAGCCAGCGAUGGAUCAGCUCAACAAAUAUGGGAGUUCAUAGCCCGUAUCUUAGACGACAUGGCAUCAAGGGGUGUGCUUGAUAAGCAAAAAUUGAAGGCUUUCUACAUACCAUUAUAUUCGCCGUCUGAGAAAGAAGUAAAGGAGAUAAUAGAAAAGCAGGGAUCUUUCUCCAUUAAUGAAAUUCAAGUUCAUGACAGUAUAGCUGGUGUGAACAAAGCAGUGAUCAGCCCCAAGAUGAUGGCAUAUGCGCUUAGGGCUGGCAUUGAGCCAAUAAUACUGGACCAUUUUGGCUCGUCGGGAGAUCUUAUGGAUGAAUUUGUCAACACAGCAGAGAAGUUCAACAGUCAAGCUCUCUUACAAAAUGAACUUACCAAGAAUCCUAGGGUUUUCCUUGCUCUAUCUCUUGAAAGGCAGAGUUGA